UUUCAAUGCGAACCCUAACUGAAAUCUGCGGGCCGGCCUGUUUUCUUAACUCUGACCUAACCCAAUAUAAAUCAAAACCUUGAUUUUUUCCCCCCUUCCUGUGGAGUCUUUGAAGCCGCCAAUCUUCCCCUUUGGCUGCUCUAUUCGGUGUUGGCGAGCGAAGUCCCAAAGAAAAAAUGAGUCGAGGAGGUGCAGCUGCUCCCAAGGGGAAAAAGAAGGGGGCUACUUUCACCAUUGAUUGUUCCAAGCCAGUGGAGGACAAGAUCAUGGACAUUGCAUCUCUGGAAAAAUUUCUUCAAGAGAGGAUUAAAGUCGGCGGCAAGGCUGGUGCUCUUGGUGAAUCUGUCACUGUUUCCCGUGACAAGAACAAGAUUACUGUUGCCUCUGACAGUAACUUUUCUAAGCGGUACUUGAAGUACUUGACAAAGAAAUAUUUAAAGAAGCACAAUGUGAGGGACUGGCUUAGAGUGAUUGCUUCUAACAAGGAUAGAAGUGUUUAUGAACUAAGAUACUUCAACAUUGCUGAGAACGAGGGAGAGGAUGAAGAUUGAUCAAAUUGAUCAGCUUAUUCACAUAUGAAUCUUUUAGUUUUCCAUUUUGUAUUGCUUAAAAUAUGUUGCUUUCUUUCCAUCAGGUGCAACUUAACAUUCAUGUUUAUUGAAAGUUUUGCAAUUGCCAUUGAUAUUUAAUUGGAAAGAGUUCUCUUAUAA